AUGCCAGAUCGUGUCGUGAGAAGACGCAACGUCAAGACCCGCAAUCGCAAUGGCUGUUCGACAUGCCGAGCUCGGCGAUUAAAAUGUGAUGAGAAAAAGCCCGAGUGCAAUAACUGCAUUAGACUGAGUAUCCCGUGCGGCGGCUAUGCGCCAAAGACCAUCUUUAAAGACCAAACAAAGCUGUUUCACCAAGACUCACCCAGGCGGACAAGAUCUGGUCAGAGAUUGGGUGACUCGGAUCAACAAGAUGAAGUCGAUGAUAGCUUCCAGCUUCCUGAACAACAAAAUCCACCUCAGGAAUAUCUCGCGUCGUAUGUUACGCCAGAUCUAGAAAACAAUGUGAUCGAGACCCAGAGCCCCAUCUAUCAAGCCGGACAACAAAAUGAGACGCUCGGUUCGCAUUCAUUAUCAAAUCCAGAUGUAUCGUCAACGUGGGAUACAGGGUUAAUCCAUGGCGCUGCUCUGGUUACCACCGCCAAUACACCAGCAAGCAAUCAUCAUGAGCCUUCGUCGUAUAUAGCUUCGCCAGUAAUUACACCUGGCACAUCAUCUCACACCCCAUUUGCAUACGCAACUCCCAAUUUCUCACCACCUCAAUUUCCCCUCCAAGAUGGCCUACCGGAGACGACCAGGGCAGAUAAGUUCUUUGGCAUCAAAGUGGCUCCAAUGAUACCCCACGGUUUAUUCGAAAGUAUGAAGUUUCCAGAAGACAUGCUAUACUAUCACCAUCUACGCGACACUGGACCCUACGGAGUUCUCUCAGUCCUAUAUCUCAACGACAUUCUUGAUGCUGAAUACCUCAACGGAUCAUUUUACCAUGCCGCACUAGCGCUUUCCGCACUCAAAAUCUCAAAGUCUGACGCCCAUACCCAUCUUCGCAAUCAAGCAUCAAUACACGCAUUAGAACAUUUUGUUGUGGCGCUUGGAGACAUUGGCAAGAUUGAAGUAGAAGACAUCAACACUCCAAGCAAUGAGCAAAAUCCGAGGAAACGGGAGAAUGCUGUAUCUUGGCUGAGCACUGUCUUGCUGCUCGCUCACUAUGAGUUGAAGCGCGGACAGAUAGGACUAUGGUGCGUUCACGGUCGUGCAGCUGUUGAAUUUCUCUCGUCGCAUUUAACCCUCGUGCGAGCUACAGACAUUGGUGAAUCCCUCGUCCGCGCCUUUUCGCGAAUAGCGGCUCUGCUGGUUUUCUAUGAGCGCACACAUUCAAUACGGAAACAGGCCGUUUCGCCAGAAGUGUCGAGUUCUCUGAUGGAAUUGCUUGCUUCUUCAAAUUUACCCUACGAUAGACUUCUUUACAUAGGUCCGCGGGUGAAUGCUCUGGAGGAAGAAUGGAGAGCUAAUCUUAGACCGGACGCGACGUGGAAUGAGCGCGUCGACAAACUCAGGAUUGAGCUUGAAGAAUGGCGACAAAAUCUACCGCUUGAAGAAGUCCCAGCGUUUGAUGAUGAAGACGAUUUAGAAGGACACGCUGUCGACAUAAAACCACUAACAAUAUUGACAUCUCAUGAACCCGUCAGAGCAGCGACAAACUAUGCACAUUAUCUUGUCAAAAUGCUACGGGUAGACAUGAUGUAUACGUCCGAAAAAGACCACCAUAUAACUCCUGCCGAAUCAGCCUCGGCGAUCCGCAAAAUCUGUCGCCUCACCCUGGGUCUCCCAUAUACUCUCUGCGUCAGCGUCAACAAUUACGGCCACGGUAUGCUUCCAGCUAUGCUGGACGCUUAUCACAUGGCGGACGAUGCUAUGCGGGGUUGGAUCAGAAAAUGGAUAUCCUCGCGACCUGAUACGCGGGAGGGAAUAUGGGACAUUAAGCGUGUGCAAAAGUUGAUUGCCUACUUGGAUCGAGAGUAUAAAGGACAAGGGUCUAGGGCGGGCUGGACGGUAAUCAAGACGAGGAUGAUUGAUGAGGAAGAUGAUGGUCAGGAAGGUGGGGAUGACGCGAGGGAUGACGCGACGAAUUUCUGCGUUGAGAUUUACUCAAAAGGGAAGAGAGGUUGGAGUAUGGACUUUGUUGAAAUUGAGUGA